AUGAAUCCACACCAGAAGAACAAGAUCGACAUCAAUUCCCUCUCCUCCGACGAGCAGCGCCUCUUCCGCCUCUACGGCAAGCUUCCUAACAAGAAGGACCUCCUCCAGAACAAGCUCAAGGAACGCAAAUACUUCGAUUCCGGCGACUACGCCCUCUCCAAAGCCGGCAAAGCCUCCGACAGCGGUAUGACCUCCAUCGGCACCGAACACCCCACCGCCGACGCCAUCCCCCACCUCUCCCCGCUCACAAACCAACUCACCCGCGGCGACAGCAUCUCCGCUGGGUCCCCGCCCUCUGUCUCCUCUCCCAUUAGCGGUCAAGAAGCUCCGACGGCUGCGGCAGGCCUGCAUAGGGGAAGCAUCAAUGGUAUUCCAGGCGGUGGGCUGCCGGGGCAUGCGCAGAGUCGCAGUCCGGUGAAGGAGAGUAGCUAUCUGGCGAGGAGUGCGAGUGUGGAUGAUGGGAGUGGGAAUACAACGGCGCAGGAGGGCAGUGGUGCGAAUACGAUCACAACUGGUGAGCAGAAGGCGGGCAUUCCAAUUCGGAGAUAA